CAAUCACAUCCCGCGGUUCAAGGUGAGUCACACAGAGUGCGUGUUGUUGACGGUGCUGCUGGUUUGAAAACAGUGGUUAAAGCCGCCGUGUUUCGUUUUUCCAUCGUGUCUUGACGUUGUUAUCGGAGAUGAACAGCGUCGGGGAGGCGUGCACCGACCUAAAGCGGGAAUACGACCAGUGCUUUAAUCGCUGGUUUGCCGAGAAGUUCCUGAAGGGGGACCGUAGUGGGGACCCGUGCACGGAGACCUUCAGGAAGUACCAGCGGUGCGUGCAGAAAGCCAUCAAAGAGAAGGACAUUCCGAUCGACGGGGUGGAGUUCAUGGGCCCCAACAAGGACAAACCGGAGAGCUGAUGGAGACGAGACCCGGACGGUCGUCGGUAACGACACCAUUACCGAUUCACUGCACCGACCGGGCACUGUGUCCACGAGGCCCAUUGAGCAUGCGCAGAAACAUAGCGGAUGAGCUAAUGAAGAUGAGCAGGCUGUGUGAAUGUGUGUGAUUUUCUUUUUAAAUUUGCUGCUGCUUGAUUUCUUUGAGUUUAUUCAACAUGGGGAGUGGACAUGCCGGGAUUAACCUCCUUAGGGGCUGGAGCUGGAGCUGAAAUAACUGAUCGAUCGACAAUGGACAUCAAUCAGCAAGUGCUGUUACGAUCAUUUAGUUUGAAAAGUGUUUCAAGCUAAAAAUUUCAACAAAGUGCUCGUUCCCGCCCCUCCAAUGUGAGGACUUUCUGACAUCACCAGUCAAUCACUAGCCAAUAGUCCAAUAUAGCCAAUAUUCAAUAAUGAAAAGUAGCAGCAACUAUUUUGGUAAUCACUUAAUUGUUUAAGUCAAUUUUCAGCCCCCUGCCCAAUGUUGAUGGUUGUAGCAUCUCCAGUGUGAGGAUUCAGUUUUAUGUCAUUGUAAUCCAAAUUUGUUUGAGUUUUGGAUAUGAAGAGGUCACCUUGGACACUGGGAACUGUGAUGGACAUUUUAUAAACUAACAGACAAACUGGACAAGUAACUAUGUGAUCAGCCGAUAAUGAAGAUAAUGGUGAUGAUUACAGCCCUGCAGCAGUGGGUUUACUGUUGAGCUUUUCUCCUAUAAUUAUAAAUUUUACCUUUUUAUUAAAUUUUCUUUUCCUUUCAAAAUACUUUGAUGUUUGUCUUCCCUCUGUAUUGUAAGUACUGUAAGUAUUUAUUCUUUUGAAUCAGAUCCCAGGUCAAAGGUUGUACAGAAAAGCAGUGCUACCCUGGCAUUUUCCACUGAAAAUAUAGACUUUUAAUUCAUUUUUCUUUUUGUCAUUUUUAGGGCUGGGACGAUGAUCCGACGUAAUCGACGUUGUCGAUUAUA